UAGUUCUAUUUAAUGGACAAGGAGAGGAAAUCCUAUGAGGAGCUCUUACAAACAAUAAACAUUCGAUCGCGCAGCUCUUCCACAGCGGAACAGAAACACUACCAACGCCAGCUGGAAUUUCUGCGCAAUAUCGAAAUCCAGACGCCUGCUGGGCCAUAUGGCGCAAGCAAAGCGACGCAGCUGGCACAUCUGCUGACAGAAGAGGCGCUUUUAUGUAGUUGGGAUGUCGAAGAUAGCUCCCUUAACCUGAGCCCAUGGCUACUGUGGCUAAACGAGCUGCUCCAGAACCGGAAGCAGCUGCUGGGCGAUACGCAACCAUUGCUUCAGUGGCUGCUGCAGCAUGCGGAGCAACGAUGCAGGGUAGAUGUACUAAAAUGUCUUAUUUCACUGCUGGACACACCAGAGGUGAGCGCAGCAUGCACACUCUUUCCACGCUUGGCAGCCAUUCCAUUGUCAAGCAGUGUGGAUGCGGCUCUGCUGCUCGUACUCUGCCAGGACAAGCUGUUCAGUGCAUUGUGCUGCGCGAAUGCAGAGUUGCAGGAGCCGGAAUUGCAGGCGAGCGGCCAGUUGGCCAAUGCACUGUUGCAACCGCAUUACGAAGGUCGAUGGGUAAUGCGGACAGUGAUGUCGACACAGGAGGAGCAGGAGCAGUUAACACUGCUGGUCGCACACUCGCUGCAGUUGCUGCAGAAGAUAACUUCCCUGCAUGCGGAUUAUGCACAACAACAUGCGCCGGAGCUGCUCGGCCUAGCACUGUCCAAUGUACGAUGCACAGCUGAGGGGGGUGGGACGUCGCCGCAGCUGCCGCAUCGCGUUCACCCCGCCCAGCAAGCGGCAUCAUAUGGCCACGACGAGGAGAAUUUGCCAGCUGCUGGCAAUCAAAACACUGCUGCGGCCGGUCGACGCGUCAAGUCGCGCAAGAUGCGCUCACUAACCAAACAGCGCAACAAUGGCAACGUACAGCAGGAGAGCAGCGCGGCAGCAGCACCAAGUGCCUCUGUGUCAACUGGGCAUAGCCAUGGGGAUCGAAUGAAGCUGCUUUUGCUUGGCAACAACGACUAUGGCUGUCGAACUCCGAGCGGCGGUGAUUCCGAAGGUGGCUGCACCCCCACUUCCGAUGGCGCCGGGGGGCAACAGCUGGCCGCCGGGCAAAACCGGCAACGGCGCCAAUGUGAAGUUAAAGUCCGAGUCGCAGCGCUCCAACUGCUUGGGGCUGUCACCAAACAGCUGCCCCGUCGCACCCUCUACGGGUACUGGCAUGUAUUAUUUCCCAGCGAUGGAGGCGAGACCAAGGAUUGCUUGUUGCACAUCGGUUCCACUGAUGGCAAUGUGCGGUGUCGUGCCCUCGCCCUGCAAAUGGCUGCACAGCUGUUGUACGGCUCCAAACCGUAUUUGAGCCAAGCGAGCAGCGCUUCGGCGCCCAGCAACUAUACGCCGUUUGCGUUGAGCCUGGCCAGCAGUGUACUGGCGACGUAUCGUCAACUGACUGCCAUACUGGAGCGUGAGUAUGCGCCGCCGGUGCUGACGCAGUGCCUGAAAUGCCUGGCGGUGCUGGUGCAAGCGACGCCAUUCGAUCAACUGCAAAUGGGCAUCGUCUAUGAGUUUGUGCCGCAUGUGAAAACGUUGACGCGACACGUGGACACCAGCGUUAAGGUGUCCGCGUUGCUCGUCAUGGAAAUGCUGGUGGCAACGCCGCGACUCACCCAGGAAAUGGCAUGUGCCGUGGGUCUGCCGCUAAGCGAGCGCCGUGCGCCCAACAUGACCAACAUGACAGCGAUGCGCUCUAAUCUGCACCAGCUGGAGCUAGAGCAACAGUUUCAACAGAUUUGUGACUCCGAGGAGGAGGUGGAGAUGGCGGAAGAGGAGGAAAAAGAAGUGGUCGAUGACGCUGUAGGUGAGCAGUUGAAGCCAUCUCAUUCGCCCAUUCAGAUUGUGGCGCGCGUUCGCAUUCCGCGCAAUUCUUGGCUGUUGCGCCUGGUACUCCGCUAUAUGGACUGUCCGGCAAGUACAGCGCCGCUUCGUGUCGAGUGCCUGCAGGUGAUCCUCGCCAUGACGACGCAUUUCUGUCUGCUACGCGAGCAUUUAGUUCGUGUAGCCGAUGUGCUGUGCAGCGCCUUGGAGGAUUGCUCUUUGGAUGUGCGACUGUAUGGAGCACGCUGCCUCGACGCCGUUGGUUUUCAGAUGGCGCGUCAUGCAAUGGAGCACACAACCGAGUCCCAGUCCCAGCCACACCCACAGCCACAGCCCGAAUUGCAGCAGCAUUAUUUGAACUUCUGGCUGCGCAUGCUGCCGGCCAUCUAUGGCGCGUACAUGGAUGCGACCAAUGUGACAGCGACGUUGAGAUGCUCCCUGUGCGAUGCCCUGUCAAACAUGGGUGGCAACAGUUUCGAACGUUUGCCGCAGGCACAGCGCAACGGUUUGCUCGCAUUCCUCUUGGGCAGCAGCAGUGACGAUGCCGCCGAUCCUUUGGUGCGUGCGGCGGCUGUGCGGGCGCUGGCCGUUUAUGUGCUACAUCCGACUCUUCGCGUCGACCUGGUGUUUGUGGAGCAUGCGGCUGAGCUGGCGUUGCGUCUAACCGCCGACAACCAGCUGGCUGUGCGAAUUAAGGCUGCUUGGGCGCUGGGCAAUAUCAGUGAUGCACUUGUCGCGCCAACCAGCCAACCAGCAGCUGGUCAGCCAGAGCAGAGUCAGGAGCAGCGACAGGAGGUGCAGGAGUUGGAAAAGGAACGCAUCUCGCUAGCGCUGCUCGGGCGGCUAAUCGAGGCUGCGGUGCUGGCCUGCGGUGACCAUGACAAGGUGCGCGCCAAUGCGGUACGUGCACUGGGCAAUUUGCUGCGCCUGCUGCCGGCCGAUGAGCAUGCCCUAAUUCAGCGAGCGAUGGCCAAGUUGCUGGAUUGUGUGCGCUCGGCGGGCAGUGCUAAGGUCAAAUGGAACGCUUGCUAUGCCAUUGGCAAUUUGGUGCGCAAUCGGGCGAUCUUCGCGACCAGCGCCAGCUUGGCGGGCACACUCUUUGCGGCGCUCAGUCAGCUGCUUGUGCAGCAUGCGAACUUCAAGGUGCGAAUCAACGCGACCAGCGUCCUGCUGCAGAUCGAGCAGCGGGCGGAUUUUGGUGUGCACUAUGCCACCGUGUGGCGUUCGCUGCUGGAGGCCAUCGAGCGCUCCAAUGCGCUGGACACAUUCGAGGAAUACAAUCAUCGGGAUGGAUUGCAGCAACAGCUCUGCUUGGCCAUGGCACAUAUGCUGGGACGGGCGCGGCCUGAUGAUUUGAUUGCCUCCCGUGACGCAUUGGAAUCGCAUCUGGACGGCGUCACUGGCACCUGGCGUCGUGUUGCCUAUCGCAUUGUGCCCGAGCAGGCGGCGCCGCUGUUUACAUGCGGUUCCCUGCUGCAACAACGCCUGGAUGCCGCUUCCCUCAGCGCUGAGCAGCGGAGCGCCCUCACAUUCCUCGCCGGCGCAUUGCGUCUGGAGAGUUAAUGCUAUCACACCAAUAUGUGUAUUACAAAUCACUACACAUGCACACAUAAAUCGUGAUUUUUGAAAAUGUA